AUGGCAGCAUUCAGAAUUGAGGACAAAGAACAAAACAACUACACAGAAAAUAGAGAAUGUUCUGGUUCCACAGUGGAGCGCUGCGCAAAACGCGCAGCAGGGUCCAGAAUUCGUUGUCAGGCACUGACGGUGUCCCGCUGCAGCGGGGAAGCGCCACGCAGCGUGGCGGUCAUCGUUUUCAGAGUGGAGCCGCCGGGCGCCGGAGGCAGCAGUAGGAAGCAGCAGCAGAAGGACAAGCCAGAAGCGCGACGGGAGAAGAGGUCUGUGGGACGUGUGAAGGGCGUGGUGCGAGGAGAAGCGGGCCGAUCUGGCGGUGCUGGCGGUGCUGGCGGAGGAGCUGGCAGGAGAGAAGAUGCCGGCCGCUGCGGGAGAAGGAUCAUGGCGGCGAGCGUUUUGCGGCCAGCCAAUGCGGGAGCUCCUUCAGGCUGUUAA